GCUUAGAGUGUUUGACAACAAAAGAUAUGCAUAAGAUAUUAUGAAUUAAGAUAACAGCACACCCACACACUUUAAUGUUUCUUGCACAAAUAUACAUACGCCCAUUUUGUAACCUACGCCCACCACACUUUUUCCUCUCUUCUCUCUCUUUUUGCCCUGUUCAACAGGGUUUCUUCAACCAUCUCUUGCUUUUCAUCUCUUAUGCCCUCACUUCUUCUUCUUCUUCAGGCCCUGUUCAUACUCUUUUUCUUGCUUGAUCUGGUUGUUUUUGCUCUCGCCAGAGAGUUUUUUCGGCUUCCGAGCUCUGGAUUUCACUUUCCUGGGGCUUUCACACCGUUCCCAUGUCUGAGGUCUUUGAUUUCAAGGCUGUUGGCAAGUUUUGCCCUGGGGGGUUUCUCACAAAUCCCAAGGUCUCAAGUCUGUUUUUGCCUCUUGGUAACCAUGUGGAUGUGUAUUUUCUGCCUCGCAAAAGGUCUCGCAUCAGUGCUCCAUUUGUUGUCAGUGGAGAACCGGAGCAGCAGCCAUCCAUUGAUGUUCUUCCUGAUGAGUGUCUCUUUGAAGUUUUCAGACGUCUUCCUGGAGGGCAAGAGAGGAGUGCUUGUGCCUGUGUAUCUAAGCGCUGGCUCAUGCUUAUGAGCAGCAUUGCGAGGGAUGAAAUAUGUAAUUCUAAAACCACUCAAUUUGUGGAGCCUGAGAUCAGAUCUAGUCCUGCGGUGGCUCAUGAUUCUGCCAAGCCUAAAGAGAAAUCUAAUGAUAUGAAUGGAAUAAAGUCUGAAGAUGAAGAAUGCCAGGAGAAUGACUCUCAUGGUUAUCUUUCUAGAUGCUUGGAAGGGAAAAAAGCUACAGAUGUCAGACUUGCUGCCAUUGCUGUUGGAACUGCUAGUCGUGGAGGUUUGGGCAAGCUCUCCAUCCGUGGAAGUGCUUCCACGCGUGGCUUGACAAACCUUGGCCUCAAGGCCAUAUCCCGUGGUUGUCCUUCUUUGAAAGUUCUUUCUCUGUGGAAUUUGUCGUCAAUUGGCGAUGAAGGGCUAUGCGAAAUUGCUAGUGGGAGUCGUUUUCUUGAGAAACUUGACCUCUGCCACUGCCCAGCUAUCACAGAUAAAGGUUUAAUUGCGAUUGCGUUGAACUGUCCCAAUCUGAUAUCAGUUACAGUGGAAUCUUGCUCAAAUAUUGGUAAUGAGAGUCUGAAAGCUUUGGGCCGCUACUGCCCCAACCUGAGGUGUGUUACUGUCAAAAAUUGCCCUCUUGUUGGCGACCAGGGAAUUGCAGGUCUGUUUUCAUCAGCUGGUCACAUCCUCGAAAAAGCAAAACUUCAGGCACUCAACAUUAGUGAUGUGUCCCUAGCAGUAAUUGGACACUAUGGGAGUGCAAUGACUGAUCUUGCACUUGUUGGCCUCCAGAAUGUUAAUGAGAGGGGCUUCUGGGUCAUGGGUAAGGGUCAAGGCUUGCAAAAGCUGAAAUCUUUAUCACUAACUGCUUGCCCUGGAGUUUCUGAUUUAGGCCUUGAAGCUGUGGGUAAAGGUUGCCCAGAUCUGAAGCUGUUUGCACUCAGAAAAUGUCCUCAUGUAUCGGACCCUGGAUUGGUCUCAUUCACCAAAGCAGCUGGGUCACUUGAAAGUCUCAAAUUGGAGGAGUGCCACAGGAUCUCACAAUGUGGGGUUUUCGGUAUUCUUUCAAGCUGUGGCGGAAAAUUGAAGGCUCUUGCAAUAGAGAACUGCUUGGGGAUCCGGGACUCGGAAUUUGCAUUUCCAGCAACAUCUUUUUGCCAUUCACUCCGAUCAUUGAGCAUCCGCAACUGUCCUGGAUUUGGUGAUGCUUGCUUGGGCAUGUUUGCAAGAUUCUGCCCCAAAUUGACUCAAUUGGAUUUUAGUGGCCUUCAGGGCAUAACUGAUGCCGGCAUUCUGCCUCUUGUUCAGAACUCAGAUGCUGGAUUAGUGAAAGUAAAUCUAAGCGGAUCUGCUAAACUGACAGACAAUGUGGUCAUGGCUAUUUCUGAGCUUCAUGGAGAAACUCUUGAGGUUCUGCAUCUGGAUGGUUGCCAGUACAUCACUGAUUUGAGCAUGCUAGCAAUUGCAAGAAAUUGCUCAGUGCUGAGUGAACUGGAUGUCUCGCAGUGUGGUAUAACAGAUUCUGGGGUUGCAGUCUUGGCUUCGGCUGAGCAGCUUAGUUUACAGAUAUUUUCCCUUGCUGGUUGCUCUUUGGUGUCUGACAAAAGCUUACCGUUCCUGGUUUUGUUGGGUAAGACUUUGGUGGGGUUGAACAUCCAGCAUUGCCGUGGAAUCAGCUGUGGUACCGUUGAUCUACUUGUGGAUCAACUUUGGAGGUGCGAUAUACUUUCUUAAGCAGGGAAAGUGAAGAACCCCCCUUCUAGAACUGAAUUGAAAGCCACAGAUGAGGGGGUGACAAGUAAUGUCCACCAGUUAGUAAAGCUUUGGCAUGUAGCAGUUAUUGGUCGUAGUUUUUGGGUCCAUCCCCGGGGUCUUCAAUCAUUCAGCAUGCAAAUCUACUUUUUUCCAGCGAAGGUGGCGUGAACUGGUUUUUGCAGCUUUCUAAGCUGUUGCAAGAAUGCUGGUCCCUGAUUGUGUGAGCAUUCUUCUUUACGCCACAUUUAGCUGAGAACUCAUGAGAGUUGGUGCUGAAUCAUAAGAUCUUUCAAGUGGUCCUAUCAUAAUGUUUUUAUCUUCUGGCCUAGGAAUGAUUUUAGUCUUACCGGUUGUUAUGUUUUUAAUGUCUGUCUGCUGUUGGCGUGUGCUGAGUCCAUUAGGGUUGUUUCAGGGUUGCUUUUGGCAGUUUUACGUUUGUUGCCUUGCUCUCUGGGGCUUUGGCCGUGGCAGCGACUUCUUUGGUCUGCCACGACAACCUCUUUCUUCUGGGAAGGGUUGUUUUUUCUUUUCCCAAGCCCUAGUUUUGCAGGUUUCUCGUUGUUAACUGUCCCGUGCAACCUUCUUGUCUUAAUGUAAUGCUCUGACUUUGUUGUCCAUGAAUAAAAGUCAGUUUAUCGUA